AUGGAAAACAAUUACAAUCUGCUGCAUAUGUUUUGGUCCCUAUUGAUCUCAUAUAUUGUAGUGGCUUUUGUUCUAAAAAUUGUGAUUCACAUCUGGUGGGCACCAAGGAGAACUGAACAACACUUCUUAAGGCAAGGGAUCAAAGGCCCUAAAUAUGAGCUUCUAUUGGGCAACUUAAAAGAGCUUGCUACCUUGAAUUUGAGGGCCUCAACACAACCCAUCACUCUCUCUCACAAUAUCCUCCCAAGGGUCCUCUCAUUUUAUCAUCAUUGGAAGAAAAUUUAUGGUUCAAUGUUCCUGAUUUGGUUCGGGCCGACGGCCCGGCUCACGGUGUCCGACCCAGCCCACAUCAGAGAGAUUUUCAUCCUCAAAUCAGAGCUUUUUGAGAAGAAUGAAUCACCCCCACUUGUGAGGAGAAUUGAAGGGGAUGGCUUGUUGAGCCUCAAGGGACAAAAAUGGGCUCACCACAGAAAGAUCAUUCAACCAACUUUCCACACAGAAAAUCUCAAGCUGAUGAUACCCAUGAUGGCCGAAAGCAUGGAGUCGGCACUUUCGAAAUGGUCCGAGAAAAUGUCGGCUGCCGGCAAAGUCGAAAUCGAGGUUUCGAAUUGGUUCGAGAACCUCGUCGAGGAUGUAAUCACGAGAGCCACUUUCGGGAGCAGCUACGAAGACGGUCGAGCCAUCUUCGAGCUACAGUCCCAACAAAUGGUCCAUGCCACCGAAGCUUAUCAGAAAUUGUUCUUCCCCGGCUACAGGUUUCUGCCGACGAGGAAGAACAGAAUGUCUUGGACAGUGGGAAGACAGAUUCGAAAAUCGCUGCUAAAGCUAAUCGAGUCGAGACGGGCGGCGGCGAGUCGAAGAAAAUCGUCGACGGACGAAUGUGCUAACGAUUUAUUGGAACUGAUGAUCAAAGCGAGCCUCAACGUCAACGGCUCGGAUGAAAGAUCGUUAAUCACGGCAAACGAUGUUGUGGAGGAGUGUAAGACCAUAUUCUUCGCCGGAAAGCACACGACUUCAAAUCUGCUGACAUGGACUACGGUGUUGCUGGCCAUGCACCCACAGUGGCAGGAGGAGGCACGUGAGGAGGUACUGAGAGUGUGUGGGGCACGUGACAUCCCAACUAAAGAUGAUCUUCCCAAACUCAAAAUGCUUGGAAUGAUUCUCAACGAGUCCCUAAGGUUGUACCCGCCGGCCGUGGCUGUAAUCCGGCGUGCCAAGGUGGACGUACAGCUGGCUGGCGGGCCGCACAUCCCGCGUGGCACCGAGCUCUUGGUCCCGAUCUUGGCUGUCCACCACGACCCGGCCUUGUGGUGCCACGACCCGCACGAGUUCAACCCGGCCAGGUUUUCCAAGGGGGUGGCCCACGCAGCCAAGCACCCGAUGGCCUUCAUGCCGUUCGGCAUGGGGGCCCGCAGGUGCGUGGGCCAGAACCUGGCCAUUCUGCAGGCCAGGCUGGCGGUGGCCAUGAUACUCCAGCGAUUCUCGUUCGAGCUGGCCCCGACCUAUCAACACGCGCCAUCUGUGCUCAUGCUUCUGCACCCGAAGCACGGUGCGCCGAUCGUGUUUAGGAAGUUAUAG